AGGAGGCGCAGCGGUGGUGCUGGAGCAGCAGCAGCAGCAGCAGCAGCAGCUGGUGGUAGUGGAGGUCAGCUGGCUACUGUGUCUGUCUGUCUGUGUGUGACCACCGGGGAUGUCUUGAGCUCCUCACAGCUGGCAAGGAGCGUGACAAGUGUGAGGAGGCCAUCAUGGGGACGGCUCAGAGCACCAGGAAGAUCACACUGGUCAAUGAUGAUAAGGCCGGCGUCAUCAAGCUUUCGGAAUCGUUAGCAUAUCGACUUCGAGGUCAAAUAGAAGGUCAGCAGGCAGAAGCGGAUGCUCUAGGGUCAGCAACAGCUGCAGAACCACACGUAGCCUCUGUGGCUCCACCUGUAACUUCCAUUUCUCAGGUUCCAGGGGCUCCUAAAGUCCCUGUUGUUACACCUAUAGAUUCUGAGCUCAUUAAUCAGAAGCCUUUGAUUCGUGAAUCAGCAGCUCCAGAAUCUUUGGUAUCUGAGCCUGUGGCCCCAGAGUCUUUGGUUCCUGAACCACCAGUUGUGGCUCCAGCAGUAACGGAGGCUACACCAGAAAUUGAUGCAUACCCGUCGGCUAAAACCAUCACGGUUUCCCCAUCCUUACCUUUGCCAAUUGGAUUUAAAGAAGUUUCACCAAAGGCACCGCCUGCCUCUUCUCAAUCGCCUGUUGUCGAGGAUUUUGUCCCACCAGAUGUUGGCGGUAAAGUAAAAACUAGCCCAGCCCCUUCAUUUAGUCAGCCAAGUGGGAACAUAGCACCAUGGUCAUUAUAUGCAGAGGAAGCUCACUUGAUGGUCAUGCGGUUAAGAGAGGAGAAGGAAGAAGAAAUCAAGAAACUCGGUCUUGAAUGGCGUGCCAAGAUGGAAUCCAGAGAAAAGGAGUUCACCAAGAUGGCUCGCAUUUCUGAGGAGGAAGUUACUGCUGCUCUUAAAGAUGUUGAAAAGUUAUUCGUAAAUGCAUCAUGUACUCCAGUUUGCCAGAAUCAGCAAGAAGCUGUAAUGAGCUGUUAUCAAGACCAUCCACGACAAUCUCUCCGAUGUGCAAGAGAGGUGGAAAACUUCUCACAAUGUGUCGAUUUGUCACGUUUGCAAUCUCUAAUGAAGCAGAGAGCAAGUUAGUUACAAGGAAUGAAGUUAAUUGCAGUCAAGAAUUUACUUCUGUUGUACAGUACCCUGGGAAUGUUAAAUGUUUCUAGAGGAUUGGAAUUAAACUUGUAUAUUAUUUGAAGUCUUUUAAUAAGUAAAAUAUUUACAUGAACACUGUUUUCAUAUUCCUGUCACGUGCAUUAUUAAAAACGUCUAUUUCUCAA